UUGGAAAUAGAACGGCGUCGAAAGGCCGGAUUGCCUUUAAUAAGCAAAGACCUGAUUGAUCCGAAAAGAGUGGCACAACAAUUGCCGAGUGAAGAGGAACUUCGGGACUUUGAUGUCCUUAUUUAA